AUGGCGGGUGCGGCGGAGGGGACCGUGAUCGCGUGCCACACCAAGGAGGAGUUCGACGCCCAGUUGGCCAAGGGCAACGAGGCCGGCAAGCUGGUGGUGAUCGACUUCAUGUCCCUCACGUGCGGUCCUUGCCAAGCAAUAGCCCCGGUGUUCGAGGAGUGCGCCAAGGAGUACCCUACUAAAGGUGCCUUCCUCAAGGUCGACAUUCUCGAACUGGAGGAAGUUGCUAAGAGCUACAACAUCCAGGCGGCGCCGACCUUCGUCUUCAUCAGGGACGAUCUGACGCUGGAGAGCUUUGUUGGUGCCUAUCCAGAUAAGCUCCGCAACACCAUCAAGGAGUUCAUCGACAACACUUCUGCAGCCUCUGCGUCGUCCGCCUAA